AUGGAGCCAGCACCUCCAGACCACCAGCAGCGUCACCGUCUCUCAUGGUCGUCGACUUCUGGUCCUCACGGCGGCGUCCCAUCGUUGCCGCGCCCCCAUAGCUCGACGACGAACCCUCUUCCUCUUCCGCGCGUGCAUAACCACCCGCAGCCGCCCUACGCGUCCUUCACGCCCCGUCCCGCCGACCUUCACUCUGCGCCGCCUACUCCGGUUCAUCCCAGUCCGGUGUCGCAUCACCCCGAGCCUGAUCGUCGCCAUCAUGAUCAGGAGCCUUACGCUCCAAUGCAUGAUCAUUACCAACCGCAGCAGCAGCAGCAUCACCACCACCCCGUCUCCCCAGCGCAAGGGCAUUACCAGCAGUCCUAUCCACCUCGGGAUCCGUCUUUGGUGAAGAGGGAACCUCACGACGACUCUCGGCGCUCGAGUUCGACGGGGCAUGCGACCGAUAUUUCGUCCGGACAGCACCCGCCGACCCCCCAUCACUCCCUCCCGCCGCCUCCCGCAUACCCUGAUAACCAGCCUCGACACAUGAACUACGACAACGGCCAUCCGGUGCCGGGAGGCUAUCGGCAACCCAGCUAUCCACCGCCGACUCCUGUGGCACAACAAGCCCAAUAUGAGCCACCGCAUACAUCAUAUUCCAACAACAGCGAUCCAUACUACUCCGUGUACCCCUCUAGCAUUCCCGCAAAGAAAAAGAACACGCGCGCAUCUCAGGCUUGCGAUCAAUGCCGCCAGCUGAAAGCAAAAUGUGACGAAACGAAGCCGUGCAAAACUUGUCGAGACAAAGGUCUUGAAUGUCGAUACCGCGACCCGGUCCCAAAAGCCACGGACAAGGCGCAGGCCGAUAUUUUGGAGGGUAUCACCUCAAUGCAGAACACCUUGGUCGCUCUGGUCGAGCGUUUCGACAGAAUGGACAACAGGUUAACGACAGUGGAAAAGGCAUUGAAAGGAGGCGCCCUGUCUCACUCAGCGCCGAUGUUGGUACCGAUUAAAAACGACCCUGUGGGCGAGGAGGAAGCAAAACCGGUGCAACAGUCGCCGAUUGUCAAUGGUCAUGUUGGUGGCGGGCAGCCGGGGUAUUAUCAGCCUCAGCCGCAGCCACCGCAACUUCACUUACAAACUCAGCCUCAACAGCAAGCACAGGCAGAGGCACAAGAACAGGCACGGGCGCAGGCGCAAGCACAAGAACAACAAGCACAGGCACAGGCACAGGCGCAAGCGCAAGAACAGGCUCAAACGCAGGCGCAGACACAGGCGCAGCCUCAGCAACCCCCGGGGCCAGACGACCCUGAUUACCCGCCCGCGACGCUCCCCGCGAUGAACGAGGAAGAAGCAGAGCCUGAACCUGGCCGACCAAUACCGCCUGGUGAACCUGCGAUUCCGAUGAACCACACUACGCUGGCCGGCCUCCUGCUGGAAUGGCCCUCGAUCCGGGAGUUGACGCGGAAGCAUGUUGAGAAGGUGGGAAUUCGCUAUAUUUCUGAAUACCCUAUUAGCGUGGAGCAAAGCCGUGGGCCGUUGCUGGUUUAUGGACGCGGAGAAGAUAAUCACAGUUACCGACAUAUCGUCAAAGAACCCGAAAAUCAUGGCACCGUGGACAUUGCCGAUGACAAUUCUUCGGAUAUGGCAUCGCCGUCACCUGCCGCUGAUUUUGGACUUGUUGGAGGUUUAAGUCCGCCGGAUAUGGUCGAGUACAAGGGAGGUGUACUGGCCUUUGAUGGCACUCCUGAUUUUACUGAGUUGAAAGUCUGGGCAUAUGUGGAGAGUUUUAAGGAUCACAUCCUCAAUAUGCAUCCGAUUAUCACUCCAAAAACUCUGGAGAAUUGGGUUCGACAGUUUCUGGAUAAUCUUCCCAUGUCGCACCCGCGAUCGGCUAAACCACAAGCCGUUAAACCAGCUUUUGCAUUUGCUUCCACGCCAACGCCAACGCCGACAGAACAAACCGGAUCAAAGCGCAAGCGCUCCCCUGGACCUGAUGGAAGCGAGACUCCGAUGACUCCCGGGCCGAUUAGGACUGGAAAGCCAACCCGUUCAGUUCACAGUGCACUCGUCCUUACGAUUCUCGCACUGGGAAAGAUUUGUAUGCAUCGAGACAACAUCCCUGAUGUAGUUCACCCUCAGCCUACGUCUGACUCUGGUUCUCACGGAAGCCCGAGCAUUCGUAAUGGUGUCAUCCCGCCAUCUUCACCUAGCCAAGGAUCUCCUCCCGGUCCUCAUUCUUACUCGCAGUCUCCAGCCCAGGCUUCACCCAUGGACCAAAGCGGCCGAGGGAGCCACAGCAGGCGGCCAUCCAUACAUGGGACCUCCGGCCACACUCGCCCAGGCUAUAGCCUGAAGAAGAAUUUUGAUGUGAUUCCAGGGCUGGAAUAUUUUGCUUAUGCCACUGACAUUCUGGGCAAUCUUACUGGUUCAUACAACAACAUGAAGAAUGUGUAUGCCAACAUUUUUGCCAGUCUUUAUCAGGGACAGCUGGGUCGGCCUCUGGAGAGUUUUGCCUUCAUCCAUAAGGCCAGCCAUCAGCUACAAGUUCUCAUGCGACCGAGCCUUGAUAAAUUGCAAGCUUUCAAGAAGAAAAACGAAUUUAUUGUGCAGCCAAAGUACAAUAAUCUUGCGCUGGCUUUUUGGACGUGCCUUCAGCUUGAGAGUGAUCUCAUCGCCGAGUUCCCAUUGCCACCAUCUGGGUUGCUGUCGUACGAAGACGACAUGCCGCAUCCAAGUAUGAUUCUCAUGGCAGGCUUUGACCAGCGAAUUCUGGACAGCUACCCGGGUCAGUUAUAUCUCAGGACCCACUUGAAUAGCAUUCAUCGCAUGUUCUACGCGCCUGAUGAUCCCGAUGGGUCCAUCAACGACAACAAGUUCCAGAAUGUGGAUUUAGUUGCGGAUGCCGUAUCGGGCAUGCACUGGGUCGCGCCCAGUUUGUCUUUCAAGGAAGACGAUCCGCCCGGCGAAGAUAUCCUGUCAGCUCGCCUGCGGGCUAAGUACUGGGGUGCACAAGUCAUCACGUACCGCCCCUUUGUGAGGCAGAUUCUUCAAUUUUCGUACUCAGUUAAGAAUGGGGUACAGGAAGAUGAGGACGACCCCUCAUCAAGAUGGUCGGAGUUCCGAUCUGGCAUCAUUGCUCCGUUCAUUCAUCCGGACACUAAGUCGUUGAAAGAGAUUCCCGCGGCAAUGAUCGAGCUGGCUCGUAAGGGUAUCAAUGCGUUGAUUGAGAGCACCAGGGCUUUCCAUGGCCUAGGCGACCAGCGCCCUAUUAUCACGAAUGUGUUCGGAACCGCUCAUGCACAAUGGGGAAACCUCCUUGUUCUCUCUGCUGCCUUCAAAGACCCUGUUCUGGGGCGUUUUGUUCCAGAAGAUUUGCUGAAACACCUCUUCCAUAAGACAAUUGCAUUUCUCAGACAGUCAGCUACGGCAACAAGCUCUUUGAGGUUUGACAUGAUCAUCUUGGAGGGCUUGCAACGAGACCUGUUCUCCCCUCCUGAACCUCCUCGAACAAACUCUAGUUUUUCAAGCCACGCCAGUACGACCCAACCGCGGGCUUCAGCGACUGCCACCCCCCAUAUGAGUCAUGUAAUACUCAAUCAAGGCCAUGGAACCCCGCCUAUCUCACCAAGAAUGCGGGAGCCCUACAACACAUCAGCCCCUAAUUGA